AGGGGCGCGGCGUUUGCCUGUUUGGGCUGAUUAGCUUCUCUAGUACGCUUUCGUUCCGCGGUUUUUUUUUUGCCUCGGAGCUCGCGCUUCCCCUCCGCCCUCAUUAUCUCACACCUCUCCUCCGCCCCCGAUUCCCCCAAUCGGCCGUCGCAUCAGCACCCCACCGAACCCCAAAUCGGCCGCUCCUUGCUCGCUUCGAUCAAUGGCGGAUUAGUGCCGAAGCGAAGACGCAAGACCCUCGAAAGGAGGUUCUGCUUGCCUGUCUAUGUUAACCGUUACAGCUUGGGUACUAUGAGCAGCGCAAGAGUUCAUGGAAGGUUAGAUUACCUUAAUUCGCAGGAGCCUGGUGAUGAAUCACAGGCCACUGCUAUUGAUACUGUGGAAAGGUUGCUUGUAGAAGAUGAUAUAGAAAUUUCUCAGAAAACAAGCACUGACCUGAUUAGCGGGAUCAAGUCAGCUUCUAUAUUAGGCACAAAAGUAGCUCAGUGCCUGUCCAAAAGGGCCGAGUACAAUAGCCCUCUCCAAAAGUCAGGUAUCUUUGAUUGGGCUGAUAAUCCCAAAAAUGAUGAAUGCACAGCCAUUAUGAUUUCCAGGAAAAAACAAAGGAUCCAUGCUAACACUCAAGUGAAGCAUUUGGGCUCCCAGAGUUAUGGUGGCAAUGGAUCAAGUACCAGGGCUGGGUUCAUAUCAGAUUGUAUUGGUGGUGAUUUAGGUGUGGAUUCUUUUAAGGGGCCAGAGCCUGUUGGUUCUACAGAUGAUUUAUAUGAAGCAUAUGAUAUUGGGCCAUGUACUCAGAUGGCAGCUGAAGCCAUGGAGGCAUUGUCCAAUGCAUCAACUGUCAAUUAUGUUGUCAGGGAGAAUGCUCUUCCUGAAAGUUCGGGAAAAGAAAGCGAAGCUGAUAGGAUAUGUUCAGUUGAAUCACCAAUUCAAAAGCGAAUUGGUGGAAUUUCAAACUCAUUGAAAAAGCAUCCCAGCAAGUCAAAAAACAGGAAGAAUCCAAAACAAAUGGCAGGGAAAGCAAAAGGAAGCAUGGACAGUGGCAGCAUACAAGGGGCCAUAAAUCAUGAGGUGUCAGAAGGAACCAAGGGAUCUGGUGCAAGUGAUUCAAUUAUUCUAGGUUCUGAUGCUAUAAUCCACCCUAGAAGGAAGAGGACCUAUAUGUUUAUCUCAAGAAACUCGAAAGUUCUAUUUAAUAAAGCUGGCAGCUCAACUACAUUUACAACCAAUAGUACAGAAGUAGCAGACUCAUCAAUCGCAAAAACAGUUAGCGCAUCUGGCCCUGAUUUCAACAAGCAUGCUAGAGUGGAAAAACGAUCCACAUCUGUACAAGAUCAUUACUCUAGUUUGACAAGCAGAGUACCACUAAGAGAGCUAAAUAGCACAGACACCCAAUCUAGGACACAGAUGUCAAAGCAAUCACUAAAGAGAGGCCUUCUGAAAUCACCAGGUUCCAGAGAACUUGCCAGUCUGUUCAGAAAUGAAGCAUCUCCAGUUUUGCAAUCGAGCAGGCAAAGAAGAAAUAUGUCCAAAGUCCGUGUUCUGUUAAGCCAAAGCAUGGACAAGGAAACCAUCAAAAUGCAAACAAAGAUAUUGAUAUACUUUGGACUACCCUUGGCGACGACUAUUACUGAGGCUACACAUUUUGUUGCUGAAAAGUUUGCCCGCACAAGGAACAUGCUAGAAGCAAUGGCUAUGGGGAUACCUAUAGUCACACCAUCAUGGCUUGAAUGCUGUGGUGCAGCAAGGUGCUUCAUUGAUGAAAAGAAAUAUAUUAUGAGAGAUAUGAAGAAGGAAAAGGAGCUAGGCUUUAGCAUGUCUGUUUCAAUAGGCAGAGCCUGCAAAAAACCAUUGCUUGAGGGUAGAAGAGUACUAAUCACACCAAAUGCCAAGCCUAGCAAGGAGCUUCUGAAAAGUUUAGUGGUGGCAGCUCAUGGUCAGCCAUCAGAGAGAAUCACAGCCUCUACAAUGAAGACCAAGAAUUUUGAGGGGGCCUUUGUUAUCUCUUGUGAACAAGACCACAGUGUCUGUAUGCCAUUAAUUAAGAGUGGUCUCCAAAUGUUUGACUCGGAGCUUCUUCUGAAUGGUAUUGUCACUCAGAGUUUAGAAUUUGACAGGUAUCGCCUUUUCCAUGAAAAAACGGUUUGAGCAAGAUCUGGAUAGGUUCGGAACCAUGCAAGGCAACAUAGUACUUCUGUAUAUAUUCAUCUUUAUGUUUCUCUAGUCGUUUGUAUGAUCCCCUGCAAACUUGCUUGUAGUAAUUGUUUGUCCGAUUCGAGCCUAUGGCCCUUACCAUGAUCAUGUGCUUUCAAUCGAUUGGCUCUUGGCAGGCAAUCCAUGUGUGGGAGUUUGGAAUUUAUUUUGUUGUAGGGCUGUGGCCACGUUAGCCUUUGGUACUACUAUAAGUAACUACAUGGAUUGGAUCUAUGAUUUGUCAUUCUGCAGAUAAGUCUGCUGAUUAUUGUCACAGAACCUGUGUAUUGAAUCAGCUCACGGUGUCUUUGAUACUGUAUUGAAUGAGCAGUAUAUCAA